AUGCAUAUAAUUGAGUAUCGCAAGGAGUAUCGUAUGUUUAUUUCUGCAUUAAAGCAUCAACAACAAAAAAACGUCACCUCAGAUCAUGUUAAACAGCAAAUAAUAAAAAAAAAAGAAUUCGAAACGUGUUGGAAACAAAAUCAGGAAAUUAUAAAAAUUCACUUUAUUUUUAAUAUUCUCACGAGGAUGAGGGAAAAAGAAAAUCUGAAAAAUUUGAUCAGCAUAAAACAGACAACUUUGGUUGUUGCGUUGUUUGCACUAUUGUUUAUGGCUUUAUUAUGUUAA